CACGUCACUUCGUUCGCGUUUGCGCCAACUCAAUUGAGGGAAUGUUAGCUUAGCUGUGCUAGGAAGCAAUGAUGGUUGCCUUUUCAUAACAAUACUUCAGAUUUUGCAACGGCCGGCGAAUAACAUGUUUGCGCUUUUUAACAGUCAGAUGAACAAAGGGAACACUUUUGCUGCAUAAUACUGGAAUCUGUUUAUCGACGACAAUGGAAGCAAGCUGUUUUGUUAAUUUUACUAGCAUCCUUACCAGCUGCUUUUGCAGGAGCAGAGAGAAGAAUCACAUAGGCUAGGCCGCAUAAACAAUAACUAUUUCGAACGUGACUGUGAGACCUAAGGAUUCUUACCAGCGGGAGCCUUGAUUGUGCUAACGUUUGAUGAAUGUGGGACAAAAUGGAGACCCCGAGGAUUGUGUACGAUUUGGAUACGUCUGGGGGUCUAAUGGAGCAAAUACAAACGCUGCUUGCACCACCAAAGUCUGAGGAUGGAGAAAUGAAGCGAAAGCCUGAAAGGGAAGCCCGGAGAAGCGGGAGAGCUACUAACCACGAUUCCUGUGAUAGUUGCCGUGAAGGAGGCGAUCUGCUGUGUUGUGAUCACUGUCCUGCCGCCUUUCAUUUGCAGUGCUGCAAUCCUCCACUGAGUGAGGAAAUGUUACCUCCAGGAGACUGGAUGUGUCAUCGCUGUAAUGUUCGCAAGAAGAAGCGCGAGCAGAAGGCUGAGCCGGUGAACGGCCUGCUGGAGCGCCAGCUCUCCAAGCGCUCGUCCUCCCCUGCAACCGAGCUGGACCUGAGCGCUGGGACGGGCCCCACGCUGCGUCUGGACGGGCUGCCCCCCGUGCCUGGCGGCGGCAGCGGGAGCCUGCGUGUGGCUGUGGCGCAGGUCCGGCUUAUGGAGCGCCGGACGAGCAGCCGGCCGGGCACCCCGACAUCCAAUGCCUCCACGGACACCCCCACUCCCUCGGAGCCCAACGACGCAGACGAGGACAUGCUGGACCCCGAGGAGGAUGCGCAGGGCUCGGAGACGGACGGGACCACGGCGCCCCAACUGAAGCGGCCCUUCGAGCUGCUUAUCGCUGCCGCCAUGGAGCAGAACCCCACGCAGUUCCAGCUGCCUAACGAGCUCACGUGCACGACUGCGUUGCCAGGAAGCAGCAAGCGGAGACGAAAAGAAGAGAUGACCGGGAAGAAUGUAAAAAGGCUGCAGCAUGAGCUGGAUCACAAUGGGCUGGUCCCACUGCCAGUGAGGGUGUGUUACUCCUGUAGCAGGAGCUGCAGGGUUGCUCCAUUGGUCCAGUGUGAUUACUGCCCCCUGCUGUUCCACAUGGACUGUCUGGAUCCGCCUCUCACUGCCAUGCCAACCGGGAGAUGGAUGUGUCCAAACCACAUAGAGAACGAGGUGCUGAACGAGAGGAGCGCGACCUACAGCAAUCGCUGCCAGCUCUUUGACCAGUUCCAAGACCGCAUUUCCCAGCAUGCUGUCAAGGUCGACUUCUUGCGGCUAGUCCACAGACAAAACCCCCCCAACCGCAAAGGCCCUCAUUACAGCGCGAAAACCCUCAAGGUCCCAGACUCCAUUAAGAGUCAGUACCAGUGCCCCCCUCACCUGCCAGAACCUUCUGGAGUCCGACAAGGGGAACUUAUCUGUCACGGCGUUCCUGAGAAGGAGCGCCAGUCACCCCCUCAGUAUUCAGCCAAUGAGGCCGAGCAACAAGAGUGGCUUCGUGGUGUCAUUGCGCUCCAGUGCAGUGUCAUGAGACAUUUAUCUGCCAAGCAGAUGUCACCCUCAAACCGGGACUCCAAGCAGAGCCAGCAGGCUGAUGUCAAGCCUUGUGUGGAGGCCAAAGAGCUCAGCUCCCAGAGCCCCACCCACAGGACCCUUUCACCCAGCCCCUUCUCCAAGCCCUGCAGCACUCGUGUUGGCCCCCAGGGGGCUCCAGUCCUCCAUAAUCCCCAGGCCCCUUCGGAACAACUGGACCGGUGCAGCAUCUCCAGCGAGAAACCCUGCCAUGACUGCAGGCCCCUAAAUGGCCUGCUUGAGGGCCGGCUGAAGGUCAACGGCCCCGUGGUGCACGAGGGGGGUUUGGAGGACCACAAGCCCAACAUACCGCAGAGCCCCCACGUGCCUGAGCCAUCGCUUACCAACCACAUAAGGACGGAGAAGAGCAGUGCCCUCCUAAGCCCUGGUGCCCAGAAGGAGGGUCCCUGCCCGCUUGCGCCACUGUGCGCCAGCUCAGCCUCAGGUGGCGCAGCAGCCAGUUUGAGCAGUGGCACCGUUACAUCCUCCGUGGUGGACACGCGGACCCUCGCCCCACCCAGAGCCGCUCAGGGGUCGGCCGCUGACAGGCUCGCUCCCCCUCUACCUCCCUCAGGUGGGAAGGUGUCUCCUGAGAUGGCAGCUCUGUCCAGCUGCUUGAAAGGAGUGAUUGAAGGAAAAGCAGACAUUGAACUGAGCAAGCUGGACAAGGACACGAUCCGGAUGCUGGCGUGGCAGAGGAUCCAGCAGCUCUUUCCCCGGAAAGCCCCCCAGCUUCCCACCACCUGCGGGAGCCACUCUACCGUCACUGCCUCUCCCUCUGCCCCUGCCCCCGCGCCCGCCCCCGCUCCCACGCCACUCGCAGAAGCACAAAAGAAAGAGGUUCAGGCGAGGGCUGUGUUUUAUCCUCUGCUGGGUAAAGGGGAGGUCGUAAGCAUGCGUUAUAGGACCUUGUACAUAGGAACUGGUGCUGAAAUGGACGUGUGCCUUACCAAAUAUGGUCAUUGUAAUUAUGUUUCAGGCAAACAUGCCUGUAUUUUUUAUGAUGAGAACACAAAGCAUUAUGAGCUGCUGAACUACAGCGAGCAUGGGACCACCGUGGACAACGUCCUCUACUCUUGCGACUUCUCUGAGAAGGUGGCUCCCACGACACCUAGCAGCAUCGUCUCCAAAGUGCAGAGUGUCACCCGACGUUGUAAGAAGAGGAAAACGGAGCAGGGGGCUGCAGUGGAGGGCUUUCUGCCAGCAGGGGGCGUGAUGAACAGCCAGUGCCAGGGGGAGUCCCGGCACCAGUGCAACUGCAAGGCCAGCAGCUCCAGCCUGAUCGGAGGCAGCGGGGCCGGCUGGGAGGGCACGGCGCUCCUGCACCACGGCAGCUGUGUCAAGCUGGGCUGCCUGCAGUUCAUCUUCAGCAUCGCCGAGUUCGCCGCCAAGCAACCCAAGGAGGAGAAGGUGGUGGAGGAGGAAGAGGCCAAAGCCCGCCCCGUCCAGGAGUCCGGAGAGCUGGCCGACGGCCAGGCUCCAACGCCACACCAAGUGCCCGUUCUGCGCUCUAACUCGGUGCCCUAGCCCUGGCUGCCCGCCACAGCGACACCCAAGGGAAGCUCACGAAGCCAAUUUAUAUAGGGAAAACGAAAUGACGUUCAUUUUAUGACAUUCAUACGUUCAUAUGAAUUCAAGGUAUUUUGAGGUCUCACGAGCCGUUUAUUUUGCACAUUGUUUUUUAUUUUCUCCCUCUCUUUUUGUUUUUGUUUAGUUAAAUGCAAAUCAAAUAAUGCAAAGGCCGUUAAAACCAUCUUUUGAAAUGGUGUUCUCUUCCUGUUUGGAAGCUUAUCACCUGAACUUCAAACAUCGAGUAUCAUAUUGUCCUCUUUGUGCCAGUACAGGAUGUUUUGAUAUGCAUUCUCUUUCAAUCAGCUCAUUUAAUCCCAUUUUAUUUUAUGAUGGUAAAGUAUAGGCAUACCUUCUUCUGCUACUUUUGCACUGCAGGUAGCUGUAUUAUCUUGCACACACAUGCACACAAGUGUAUGUUGGAGAACUGUAUGUGAUGUACAUACAAUACAUUUCAGUUUUCUGUGAUCGAGGCAUAGGAUACCUUGUACAUACGUUGUAUAGUUUCAAUUUGACAGUACUUCUUGAGUUUUAAGUUCUCUUUGUGUAUAAAACUUUGUGGUAAAACAUGUCUUUAUGUCCUGUCACUUCUGUAAUAGCUUGUGUAAAUAGACACAUCGUUUUAGAUCUCGUUUUAAAAUUUCUUGCAUUUCUGUACAUGGAAAAAAAAGGUUUUUGCCUGUAUUAUAACAAUGUAAAUACAUAAAGAUUUUUAAGUACAAAGCAAAA